UAUCUUUAUCCUUUACUUUUCUUCUUUCUUCUUCUUCAGCAUCAUCAGUAAGAAGUAAAGAACAACCAUUCAAAUUUUCAUGAAACAAAAAUUCAAUGGCAUUUUCAGUAAUAUUCAUUGCAGCAACUAAACUCGCCGGAAUCUUAGUGACAGUCACAGUAGCUGCUAAUGCUUUCUCGUUUUCACGGUACCGGAAAAAGAAUCUUCUACCAUUUGAUUCACCUAUUGACGAAUCUUCUGAUACGCUAGCUGUCUUCGAUAUUAAUGGGGAAGAAAAUGGGUUCUUUUUUGGAUUGGCAACAGCACCAGCACAUGUUGAAGACAAGCUUAAUGAUGCUUGGCUUCAGUUUGCGGAGGAACUCCCUGAUGAUAAAAACAAAGACAAGGGGAAGUCUAAAGAACAACAGCCAGCAGAUGCAUUAAUGGCUUCAGCGACUGCAGAUGGCGGUUCUCAACAAGCUCCCAUAGCUCCCAAAAAGGCUGAGAAGGUGAAAAGGAAGAAGUCUCUUAAGAUAUCAAUGGAAGCUAUGAUCAGAGGGUUUGAGAAGUAUGUGGAAGUGGAAGAAGAGGAACCUGAGGCUAGCACAGAAGGCAGUCAUAAUGUAGCUGCGUGGCACAACGUGCCUUAUCCGGAGGAGCGGCUAAGAUUUUGGUCUGACCCUGAUACCGAGUUGAGGCUUGCUAAAGAUACUGGAAUCGGUGUUUUCCGGAUGGGAAUAGAUUGGUCAAGGAUCAUGCCUGUGGAGCCAGUAAAUGGACUUAAAGAAGCAGUAGAUUAUGCAGCCUUAGAUCGAUAUAAAUGGAUCAUCCAAAGGGUUCGUUUCUAUGGUAUGAAGGUUAUGCUGACUCUAUUCCAUCAUUCUCUUCCACCAUGGGCCGGAGAUUAUGGGGGCUGGAAACUGGAGAAAACUGUCGAUUAUUUUGUGGAUUUUACAAGACUUGUUGUUGACAGUGUAUCGGAGUUGGUUGACUACUGGGUAACUUUUAAUGAGCCACAUGUCUUUUGCAUGUUAACCUAUUGCGCUGGUGCUUGGCCUGGUGGUAAUCCUGACAUGCUAGAGGUCGCAAUGUCUGCUCUACCAACUGGUGUUUUCAAGCAAAGUAUGCACUGGAUUGCAGUUGCUCAUUCCAAGGCUUAUGACUAUAUACAUGAAAAAAGCAGUACUGUAUCAAAGGAAAUGGUUGGAGUAGCGCACCAUGUUUCGUUUAUGCGUCCAUAUGGUCUUUUUGACAUUGCCGCUGUUUCAGUGGCGAGCUCUAUGACCCUUUACCCUUUUGUGGACAGUGUCUCUGACAAGUUGGAUUUCAUAGGGAUAAACUACUAUGGACAGGAAGUCUUAUGUGGAGCUGGGAUGAAACUUGUCGAAAAUGAUGAGUACAGUGAGUCAGGACGUGGGGUCUACCCUGAUGGCUUGUUCAGGAUGCUGCUUCAGUUCCAUGAGAGGUACAAACACCUAAAUCUACCCUUCAUGGUAACUGAAAAUGGAGUAUCUGAUGAGACUGACUUGAUCCGGCGACCAUACCUGUUGGAGCAUUUACUCGCUAUACAUGCUGCAAUGCUCAUGGGUGUCCCUGUCCUUGGUUAUCUUUUCUGGACUAUCUCGGAUAACUGGGAGUGGGCAGAUGGAUAUGGUCCCAAAUUUGGUCUUGUAGCGGUUGACCGUGCCAAUAAUCUUGCUCGCAUUCCACGCCCUUCAUACAAACUUUUUUCAGAGGUGGCAAAAACUGGAAAAAUUUCAAGCCAAGACAGAGCACGUGCUUGGAAUGAACUCCAAAGUGCUGCAAAGCAGCAAAAGGAGAGACCAUUUUACAGAGCAGUCAAUAAAAAUGGACUUAUGUAUGCAGGCGGCCUUGAUAAACCCACCUGGAGGCAUUAUACUAAAAGGGACUGGCGAUUUGGUCAUUACAAGAUGGAUGGUCUUCAGGAUCCACUGAGUCGUUGUUCCAGAUUACUGUUGCAUCCUUUCUCACAUAAAAAGGGAAAGGAAACUCAAACUGAUAAUGCUGAUUUGGUUAUGGAGCAUCUUGUGUAGAUGUCUAAUGCAAACCUUUAUGCAUUAAUACUGUUGCUACUCUUAGUUCUAUACCUGCAUUUUCUGCGGAAGUAAGUAUUGCCUCUUUUACCACAACCCCAGGUAUAAAAUACUACGUGUAUUUAUAAAGGCCCCAUGUAAAGAAGAAGUACCUUGUCAACAAGCUUUUGCAUAUAUAAAUGCUAAAUGUAAGAAUGCACUCAAACAUUCUGUAAUCAACAAGAAAUUAAUCUAGAAUUCAUAUUUGCGGGAUC